CGGCGAGGUGGGGGAGGGCAGUCCGUGUGUUCCUGUGUUGUUGUUCGGCGGCGGCGGCGGCGGCGGUAAGAUGGCUGCCCACGGGGGCUCCGCCGCGUCCUCGGCGCUGAAGGGGUUAAUUCAGCAGUUCACCGCCAUCACCGGUGCAAGUGAAAGUGUAGGAAAACAUAUGCUUGAAGCCUGCAACAAUAAUCUGGAGAUGGCAGUCACUAUGUUUUUGGAUGGUGGAGGAAUUGCUGAAGAACCCAGUACCAGUUCAGCAAGUGUCUCUACUGUCAGACCACACACAGAAGAAGAAGUCCGUGCUCCAAUUCCUCAAAAGCAGGAAAUAUUAGUGGAACCAGAACCUUUGUUUGGUGCUCCUAAGAGACGACGGCCUGCACGUUCAAUAUUUGAUGGUUUUCGAGAUUUUCAAACUGAAACUAUUCGGCAAGAACAGGAAUUAAGAAAUGGAGGAGCAAUAGAUAAGAAACUAACUACCCUUGCAGAUCUGUUUCGGCCACCCAUUGACUUGAUGCAUAAAGGCAGCUUUGAAACGGCCAAAGAGUGUGGCCAGAUGCAGAAUAAGUGGCUGAUGAUAAACAUCCAAAAUGUACAAGACUUUGCGUGCCAGUGCCUCAACCGUGAUGUAUGGAGCAAUGAAGCUGUGAAGAAUAUUAUCCGGGAACAUUUCAUUUUCUGGCAGGUUUAUCAUGACAGUGAGGAAGGUCAGAGAUACAUACAGUUUUAUAAGCUAGGGGAUUUCCCCUAUGUUUCCAUCUUGGACCCACGGACAGGUCAGAAGCUAGUAGAAUGGCACCAGCUUGAUGUAUCUUCUUUCUUGGACCAAGUGACAGGAUUUCUGGGUGAACAUGGGCAACUGGAUGGACUUUCUAGCAGUCCCCCCAAAAAAUGUACCCGUUCAGAAAGCCUUAUAGAUGCAAGUGAAGAUAGCCAGCUAGAAGCUGCCAUCAGAGCCUCCUUACAAGAGACACAUUUCGAUUCAACACAGACAAAACAAGAUAGCCGCUCAGAUGAAGAAUCUGAAUCUGAACUUUUUUCUGGCAGUGAGGAGUUCAUAUCCAUUUGUGGCUCUGAUGAAGAAGAGGAGGUAGAGAAUCUUGCCAAGUCCAGAAAGUCUCCCCACAAAGAUUUGGGGCAUAGAAAAGAGGAGAACAGAAGGCCACUCACUGAGCCCUCAGCCAGAACUGAACCUGGAACAGCCACAAACCACCAAGGAUUGCCAGCUGUGGAUUCAGAGAUAGUGGAGAUGUCGCCUGAAAAAUCAGAUGGAAUAGUAGAGGGUAUAGAUGUAAAUGGACCAAAAGCACAGCUGAUGUUGCGGUAUCCAGAUGGAAAAAGGGAACAGAUCACUCUUCCAGAACAAGCUAAACUGCUAGCUUUGGUGAAGCAUGUUCAGUCUAAAGGAUAUCCAAAUGAACGUUUUGAACUUCUUACCAACUUCCCUCGAAGGAAACUGUCUCAUCUGGACUAUGACAUUACAUUACAAGAGGCAGGCCUUUGUCCUCAAGAGACUGUCUUUGUACAGGAAAGAAAUUAACACCAUAACCUGACCUCUCUCAGCUUACCCCUUUAUUCCCUUUUCCUGUGAGAUACCAUGUCACUAAGUACGCAUUUUGGCUCAUAGGACCAUAGAGCCAAAGUUGGACAAGCAAGUCACCUGCCUCCUCUUACUUUUAUUCUCUUUUUCUUUUAUAAUCAGUCUUUCUCCCUUUCCCCGCCUCCCCCCUUUUUCCUUUGCUAUUUUCUCCUUUUUCCCCACUUUCUUUCUUUCUUACCUAAUCUGGUGACCAAAUGGAAGUGUAAGGAUAAGAUCUAGUACUGGCAGCAGGAAAUAUGUGUUCCAAUAAGCGGUCUCUUGCAUGGCACUUUUUUGGGAUCAACUGGUAAUGUUACUCCUCAGACUCCUUGGCGAAGGAAUGGCUAGAUUCAGAAUAAGAACAACCUCCCUUUUCUGUAAGACCCCAUUUUUAGUAGGCAGAAGAAGUUCUCUGACACUUGUUUUGUUCUGUUCUUCAGGUAGGAAGUAUCAUAUAAAAAUAUUGAGGCUUUUGUUUACAUUGAAAAAGUAUCCCUUAUAAUUACUGUUUAUCAUAUUUAAAAUCUUUUCCAAAGGAUUGCCAUCUUUCCAGCUACAAGAAUUGUUUCCGUGAUAUGUGUUAUUGGCAGAAUGAGUGUUAAAUGUAGGGUGGUAGCGUGGGGUGGCUUUCAGUGUCCUAGCCUGAGACAGCUUCUUCAUCAUUACUCUGUUAACUGUAUUGAUCCUGCUAGUCCUGGAGUGGACAUUUAGUGAGCACAUUGUGGUGACUGGGAUAGAAAGGUGCUUGCUGUUUUUGCCAGUACAGCAUAUUAGUUUCUUUGGCCCCUUCAUUGUCUGGGUACACAGUGAUCUAUAGGAAUGCAGCUGUUCAAUAAUAAUGCAGUAAAAUGGCUUGUAAUUGUAAUCACUGUGGUUAUUAAUUGUCCUGUGUGCUUUAAGGCAUACUUAUGUAUGUCCCAGAGGAAAAAGAAGACAUGAAGCUGAGAGUUGCUAACUAUGUUCCUUUGGUUAGAAAUAAUGUUCAUUUUAUUGCUGGUUGGAGUAGUCUCUGAAAGGCUCUAGUGACUGAAUGAGCUUAAUUCUACAUACUGUUUUUGUUCAAAAGGUAUCAAAACAGAAAGCUUCUCUAAGGGGAAGACCUUUAAAAACUCAAUUCAUAAGACAAUAUUUAGUAAGAGGAAUGAUGGAGAUUACCAGUAAUCUUCAGAUGUUAUAGGCUUUUCCUGCCAACAAAAGCCGCAUUCAAAUUGUAGUUGGUGAAAGCUUUUUUCAGUAUUAUUUAGAAGAGGCCAUCUUGAAUCUAUAUACUACUGUUGUCAGCUUCACUGUAUGUUCAGUUCUUAUUUUGAGCUUUAAAUAAAGUCCUCUGAAGGGGUGGUAGUGAUUCUGGUGGCAAAAUCAGAACUUCAACUUGUUAUACAACCAUAAUAUAGAAUGGAUCUGUUUUGUCAUUUGGGUAUUUAGAUUGAUUCUUCUACUUGAGUAACAAAAAUUGCUAUUGUUCAGAGAUCUUUAGGUUCCCACCUACUUUAAGAUUGCUUUCUUGGUGACUAGGGGAUAUAAAGAAAAAAAAAAAAGAUGCUAUGUGAUGCUAGUACACAAUUAUAGAAUAUGGAUUCUAAUGGUUGGAUUUUGAAGGACCCUCUCUAAAGAAUGAGUUAUGUAUCUCCUCAAGGAAAUCAUGGAAAAUUCUGUUUAUUCUUCAGUGAGUCCUUUUGAAUUAAUGUUCUUACAUUUUUUUCUAAGUCUGUGUAAGUACUUAUGUAUAAGUAUAUAAUUGUAUAAAUAUUUAUAAAUAUAUUUAUAUAAUUACAAUUUCAUUUAUACCUUGAGUCUAAGUUCUCUCUUUAGAUUGGUGACUGAGUAAUACCACUUUGGUGUUUUUCUUAGGCUCUCUCUCAAGGCUCAACUGGCAGCUUCUGCUUUAUUGAGGAAACAUGGUUUUCGUAUUAAUUCCUCAAUUGUAUCUCUGAACUUGGAUAACAUACUUGCUACCUGAGGAAGAGAGCUGUAAACUAUCAAAGGUGCGCUGGAGGGUAAAAAAAAUUUGGUGGUAGACAAGGUCAGAAAUCUAAAAAUUCAGGGAGGCACAGGGUAAGAAGUAAGGGUAUGCUCAGUCAGCUUUGUGUUGUGAUGGCACCCAUCUCCACUCCCUGCAAAGUCACAGCCAAAGCCCAAACUGUUUAAAAAUGUGAGUUGAGAAUUUUCCCUAUAGGACUCUGUUUUAUUCUCUUACCUGGUAGCUUCUCUUUAUAAAACAUGUCCAGAGAACCCAAGACAACAUGUUUAUUAAUGGAAAGAUGUAGUUCUUUUUGAUACUGUUAGCACUGGCAUAUUCAUUUGUAACAGACCAAAGUGACUUUUUCAGCUUGGGUUACUGUGAGAUGACCAAGUUUACAUAAAGUGAUUUGAGUAAGAGGAAGGGCAUGAUAACAUUCAUGCAACCAGGAUGUUUAGAGUACAAGAUGUAGACUAUUUUAUUUUAUUUUGAGGCAGGAGUGUAAUUAUCUUGGGGUUUGAGAUAGAGGCCCAUGGGGAGGGAUUAUGGAUUGUACAUGGGAAGAGUAAAUAAGGAGUGUUGCCUUGCUCAAGAACUUAAUCCACUUAGAGAGUAUGCUUCCUCCAGUUUGCCUUAUUCCCCCUGCAAGUUCCUUUGCUCUUUGGGGGAGAGGUUUUAUUGAAUAGAUUAAAUGAGGCCAAUCAGUCCUUGUAGAUACUAGAAACAGCUUGAAAGAGUUUAAAUGGUAGGGAGGAAAAGAACAAGAUAGACUUGGAGAGUGACAAGAGAAAAAUACAGGGAGAUGGAAUGAAAACUAGUGGGAAAAAAGUGAGGAGAAGUACUUUUUUGAAUUUGCUUUAGGAAAGAACCAGAGAAGAGGGGGGAAAAAGUGCCAAAUGAGGAAUGAACAGAGAACUAAUUUUGAGUAACUAGCAUGUGCUAGGUACUUUACAUGCAUUUUCUCCUUUAAUCUUCCUAAGAACCCUAGAAAAUGAAUAUUGAAGUUCAGAGAACUUGUUCAGGAUGUCAUAGCUAGUAAAUGGCAAAUCAAAAUUAGAAUCCAGAGUUCCAUGCUCUUUUCAGUCCCAUGCUGUUUUCUCCUAUAACAGGGGAAUCAGCUUGCCCAAAUGGUUAUCUUCUCAUUGUUUUGCCUUAUGGAUUAUGAUAUAGUUUUGUUUCUUCAAAGCUAGGGGGAGUAGUUGAAAUAAAACCUGUGGGAUGAUGCCUAUAUAUAAAUUCUUAUUUAUGCCAUUAUUUUGAGAGGCUUAUUUUUAAUUGUUUUUUAAAAGUGAUGGCAUGGAAAUAUGAAAGGGAAAAUAACUGUCAUUUUUUGCCAAGAAUAAACGGAAAGGAUAAAAAGAAUAUUACCUUUUAAAGCUUUUUCAGAAAAGAUAUAAUUAUCUUUUCUAUGUCCUAUCCAUACCAGAUUAUUGAACUUCUAUGUGUAUGUUUUGAAAUCUAUAAAAUUCUUCCUUGACUCUACAAGUCAGCAAUUAGCUAUUGAGUCCUUAAUCAAAGUUGGAAAUACUUUGAAAUCUAAGGUCUGAUUCCUGCCUGUUUUACUCAGUUAGGGAGACUCAAAUUCUGAAAGGUGGCAAACACUGUAGCUCAAAUUUUCUUUUGACUCACCUAUAUGUUUUAGCUCCACCUGUUGUAACUACUAAACUUAGGGCAUGAAAUUUAUCAGUAGGGCAUAACCAAUACCCAAGUAGGGAAGGAUUAUUGAUCCCCAAGACUAAAGAUUCUUACCUAGCAGGGAUCUUACUUGGAUGCUUAGGAAAAAUACCAGAUAGAGCCACUAGCAACUGAAAAAUAUAGUUUUCUAACCAGAUACAAGUUAAAUGUAUAUUAUUUAUGAUAUGCAGAAAGGGCACUAUAGGUGUAAGUCUACUUGAGUAACAGCUCUACUAAUUAACUCUUAUCUUGGUAAGUCUCUGUUUUCCUCUGAGUCUUGGGUUUCUCAUUUGAAAAUGAACGAAUUGGACUAGAUUAAUAGUUCUCAGCCUUUUCAAGUAAAAGGAUUUAACAUUUUAAAACUUGGCAUUGGUGGGGAAUUGUGGGGUUAACUUAAUAUAAUUAAUUCUGUAGAUAGAGAAAAUGUAAAUGUGCACAUGGAAUUACAGACCCCUUUCAGAAACUCUUAAGAACCCACAGAUUGUAGACCACUGAAUUAGAUUAUCUCUAAAGUCUUUUUCCACUCCGGAAUUUUAUGCUUUAGUCUCUCCCUUUUAUUAUACAUCAUACCUAGGCUGAUUAAAAGUGUACUUGUUAAUCAAAUCCUUUGCUUUUUUUCUGUGUCCAAGUAUCACUUGCCCAGUAACUUGAUCUAACCUCACUGUGAUGACUGAAAUCUCCAAAAAGGAGAGUAUAGUAAUAUAUAGUACUGAUCUUUUAAACAAUUUUUGGAAAACAAUGCUGUUUGCCUAAUCAGUGUUGAGAAUGACUAAAUUAUAAUUAGAGAACCAAAUACGUCACUGACAGUGGAGUUAAAUUUUAAAGAAAGCAUCGGCUGAACAAUUGAUGGGAAAUUGGUUUGUGUAAGUUGUAGAAUUCACUCUUGGCUUUGGCAGAAACAACUUUUUCAAGAUUCCAUUAGGCUGACUUUUAAAAAUAUAUUUUAUCCCACAGAGUGUAUCUUUAUUAUGUCAUUCUCCACCCACCCCCACUCCCUUUUCUGGCCAUCUUUUAUUUAACUACUCAAUAGUAAAUCAUGGAGUGCAGGUUGAUGAAUAAGUGAUUUCUCAUGUGAAACUAAAACUUAAAAGUAAUGAGGGUAGGAUGAACCAGCCCUUCGAUGAACAUGGCAAUUUUCCAAUAAUGCAAGCCUUGAUGAAUAGGCUGCUUAAAGACAGCUGUGUACUAUGAAUAUUCAGCUUCAUUGGUUUGCCUUGCUUAGCACUUCAGUUAUUGUCUUGCCAUGAAACUUAGUUUUGCACAGCACACAUUUUAGAAUAGUGGCAAGAAUGUCCUUUAGAACUAAAAAUAACCAGAGAAUACCAUACCAAUAUAUUGAUUUCUCCUAUUAUAUAGAGAGUUGGUAUUUCAGUGAUGGUUAUUUUGGUUUUUGACUCACCUAUGUGUCAAUCCUGCUAGAGAAUUUUUUUUUAAUAGAGAUUAUGAUGGCCUGGGUAAUUGUCCCAUGAAAUGAAUGUAUGUCGUUAGAUUAUUGGAUGUGAUGAUGAGACCCUUAUUAGAAAAUCUUUUAAUCAUACUUUCUCUUUUACUUCUCCAUUCUCUAUUCUUGAUUCUUGACGUCCAUUCUCUGAGUAUUAGUCCUGAUUUUUUAAUAUAAUUGGCUGUGUUUAAGAAAGUCCAUUUCUAAGUCUUAAUAUGUAACUGUGUGUGUGUGUGGGUGGCUGGCUGGUAUAGGGAUCCAAACCCUUGACCUUGGUAUUACAAGACUGCACUCUAAACAUUUUUUUAUUUUUUGUAAAUUAAUAUACAGAGGAAGAAUUUGGGGCAAACAUCCUAUUUAUAGCUCAUUUUCUCUCUACUUAAGAAGAAUUCUCAUUCCAAAUAGAUAAUAGCUAGCUCUAUGAAACCCCUUCUCUUUUUUUUGACCUACAGAUUGCUGAACCUCAACCAUUGUCAUAAACAUGUUGAUUUUUGGUAUAGACCUUUCUUUGCUGUGUGAUGUCAGGGUAUAUAGUUGGGUAAUCCAAUAUACACUACUUCAAUAAAACAGUUUGGCAUUUCUGUAAUGAGGUAUUUUUGAAAGGUAACCAGAUUUAUUUGCAGGAUUAAAAAUGCAAAUACCAAUGGCAGUAUUUUACCUAAGAACAAUCACAAUCUAUAAAUAUGGGAAGUUACUUUUUUGUACUUAAUUCUCUGCCAACAAACAGCAGGUUUUUGUUGUUUGUGUAAUGGUUUUUCUUCUAUAGAGAUCAGAAUGCCCUAAGAUUUUAUAUCCCCUGUAAGGUCACUUGGGUUUUCAAAUGGAAACACAGUAGUCAAGCUAACCCAGACUGAAUGUAACUAAUAUUUUAUCUCCAUCAAAAGAAGCUAUUAAUCUAACUAGGUUAUCAUGAGUCAUUCAUUUAUUAGAUGUAGUAAAUAAAAUAGGAAACAUUUCACAUCAUUAGAUAAAUUCUGACCUGGAAUUCUCCCUUCCUUAAAAUCAUUAUUAUUAUUUUUUUUUUUUUUUUCAUAGACUCAGUAUGGGAAUCUUAAUUGAUAAGGGAGAGAUUCUUGAUCUGGAACCAUUUCCUGCCAUUCUGGUUUUUUCCCUCUAUCAAAGUAGCUGGCUUUAUAGUGCAUGUCACCAGGAUCCAUUUGAAGUUAAUGACAUUGGAAUGUUGAUACACGGUUGGAUAGCUUGCAUUUUCAACAAAAUGAUUUUAGAGUAUGCUUUUCCCAAAACUUCUGUGUUCUUAAUAAUGGAAAAUAUCAAUAAAUUGAAUGGUGUGAUUCAAAAUAUAAAUAGGUUUAUGACACUAAUCAUAUGCUUUUAACAAGAACUUUUUGAUAACUUAUUGCCCUAGAAGUUAAGCCUCAUGUGGAGUGACCUUGCCACCAGAAUAUCCCCUUUCACCUACUAGUUCGAGUGAAAGAAGUAUGUGGCCUCCAUUUUUCAGUUAAUGAGUAGCAAGCUUGUAGUAGGGACUGUUUAUCUUAGCCUAUUCGAGGACUUGAACCUUGUUACUUUCCUAGGUUUGUCUCUUCAGUUUGGAAAGGCUCUUUAAAACACUUUCUGGGAAACAGUAAAGCUGUUAGAUAAUCCUCUGGUCUUAGAUACAGAGAAAUGAGUACCAAUUGAUGUUAACAUGUUACUUAAACUUUGCGGGGCUUCCAUCUAAGCUUUGGCAUGACUCUCUUACACACAAUUUUCUUCACUCCUCUAAAUCUUUUUUUCAAGAACAGUUUUCCUUUUGAUUGUUAACAAAUUUUAAGCAUCUGGUGUCUUUUUUUUUUUAAUCCUUAAAUUUCUUUUCAAGUAGGUAUUGAUUGUUCCAUGGAAACUCUCAGGAGUGUUUGUUGGCUCUGUGCAUGCUUUGUAUGAGUUCAGUUUGAACAAUGUAUUUUGAGUCAUCUGGGUUGUCCAAUUCUGGCAUGUCUUCACUAAUUGUGUUUUUAAACAUUUUUCAUGUCAUUUUCGAAACCUCACUUCCCGUCUUAUUCAGAGAGGUUAAUCAAGGAAUGAAAUUUGUUUGGGGAUGGGGAUAAGGGUGGGUCGGGGACUUGAGUGAAGUCAACUUGGGGUAUUUGCUUUAAAGUGUUUUCUCAUGCAGUUCCUAACAGUAUUUAGAGAUUCCCUGGGAUGUUUGUGUACUCAACUUAUUCUGGACAUAGUGGGUGGUCUUACUGAGAUUUACAUUUUUAUUGCAGGACAGGCUCUAAAUUUAAUCUGUAGUAUAUAACUUUGUUACAGAAUGCAAGAAGAUAACAAACAGAGAAAGUUCUCCCUAAAAUGCACAUCGAGUUCUCAGUUUUCUGGGCGUUUAAUCCGUGGUGCUAGGAGAUACAUUUAUUUCUGCAGCUCUUCCCAAAAGUGGGAAGAAGGCUUUGGGACCAGUGAGCAAGGGGCAACUGGACCAUCCACUAAGUUUUUUUGUUGAAGACACAUUAGAGACCCUCCUGUAUAUCCAGUAAGUGAUAAAGGUGCUAGGGAAAGCCUUAAAUGUGAAGACACAUGAAGGCGGCAGAAAAUCUAAACUUGUAGGAAAAGAAAGACAUGCUAUUAGGUAAAGCAGAGCUGUAACUGCUGGCUAAGACUCAAUGGCACUUCCACUUGCUCUAAAACCAGGGAAAUCUUAGAUAACUGGGUGUUGACAUAUCUAUAGAUACACAUAGUCUAUAGGUAAAUACUUUCUGAAAUGAGGAUCUUUCAGUUGGUGAUCCUCUGGUUUUGGCAGUACCAAAUUGUGAAUAUUCUUGCUGUGUUGUACCCAGUUGCUUUAUAUUAAUACUGCAACUUGAAUUGGGGAGGGUGGGUGGGACGGUUGGGUGGGGGAGGGAGGGGAGUGGGACGAUAAGUCUUUUGAAGACAUCAGCUCACUGUGCUGAGAGGGGGACCAAACUCAAGGAAACCUCUGGUCUAUAAAUUCAACUGCUGCAUUUUUUUAUAAAUACAUGUAAAUGUCCUGUUGUAAUAUUUGAUCUUGGAAAUAAAAACAAAACCUUUUCAGUAUAA